GAACGAGUUGUUAGUAUACGAUAAUAACCCCGGAAGUUAUGUAUUCCGAGUGGAUAAUAUAAACAUGUUGAUUGAAGUAAGCAGUUUUGUGUAUUCAGUAUAGAUAUCAACACAUGUAGUUAACAGGUAAACAAUCGUUUGAAACAGCUGUUUUAAAAUAUGGAUGAAAUACAAGGGAUAUUUGAUAUUGAAUGGAAAGAAAAAUUUCCUUCUGUUAGUGCACCGCUGUUACAAAGUGAUCUUAGUUCAGAUAAUUAUUCAUGUAAAAGGCCUCGGGAGAUUUUACAAAAGUUAUAUAAUGCAACAAGAACAAAAUCAGAUAAAUUGAAAAGUCAAUUAGAACAAUGUGAAUUUAUUGAAAGAUUUUUACAAGGGAAAUUAACUGCUGAUAAUGACGGAGGUGAAAGACAUUAUAACAGUAGCUCUAGCAAGCUUAUAACUAAUGGUAUAGAUGAUGCGCUGGAAAAAUGUGUAAAAUCAACUGUAACUUUGAAUGCAGGACUUGUACUAGAAAGUAAUAUUGAUGAGGAUAACUGUUCAAACAUAAUAAAAGAUAACGAAGUAAUAGAGCAUCCUGAUGGAUCAACCAAUGGACAUGUAUUAGUGGAAAAUGAAUUAGCUAGUCCUCCUGAACUAUUAACUACACAAAUAUGUGAUAAGACAAAUUUUGACAGCCAUGAGUCAGUAGAUGACACUCUGCAUAACAGUGUUCAGGAUUUAAAACAGAAAUAUAACCCAAAGUGGAAUACUGCACAUGAAAAUCAAGUGGCACCAAAAAGUGAUCCACUGCCAAGGAAAUUUUUGGGACCUAAAAAUCAUCAUAAACCAGCUGUACCUCCACGGAAAGACAAAUCACAUGACUCAGAUCAUGGAAUAGAUGUUAUAACUCCUAUUCAGUGUGUCAAUGGACCAAUUUUCAAAAGCACUAUACAUAUUGUCGGUGAAAAUUCUACCUUUAGUACUUUCAAAGGUAACAGUAAAAUUAAGGAAACCGAUUUGGACGAUGUUUUAAACAACGAUCAUGAUUAUGAAAUAAAAAAUCACAGAGAGGAAGACACGACAGGAUUAUCCUCAGGAAAUGGACAGAUUAAAAUAAAACCUGAUAACAGUGAUUUGGAGGCAGAUAAUGAAAAUAUGAGAAAAAUACGGAAAAAAAGUAACAGAGAUAGUGAGGAAAAAGUUGUAGCGACCUCGUUUAAAAAAAUUAGUCAUGAAUGUGAAUCAACUAACCUAGCAGUGGACACAGAGGGAAAAAAUGUUAAACAUCAUGUCCAGAGUAAUCAUUUACGAAAUGUCAAAACAUUAAGUGACAAACCACCUGGAUUACCUGAAAGAAAACCAAGCAUGGAAAUCAGUCAAAUAGAAAGUCAACCAAAUUUACAAAAAAGACGACAAAGUAGAAAUGACUAUGAAAAUAUAUCUUUGGAUUUCAUUUUGACGCGAUCACAAACUGUAACAGAUGACUCGCCAGAUUCUGAAGAAAAUGAAGAGGAUCUUUAUGACAAUGUGACUGAAUUUAGAAAGUCUGACAAUUCUGUGGAUCCUGCUGAUAAGGCAUCCAACAAUUUAGAAACACUUUCUACAUCAUCAGGUGGCGACAACUCUUCAGCUAGUCAUUCCCCUUCAGUAAUCCAUGACCAUGUACCUUCAAUAAGAGAUUCAGUCUUUAUAACUGAUGAUGGAAAUGAUGAAAGAGAGAGCAAGCUACUGGAAGACAUUGAUCUUGAAGCAGAUGGUGUGAGCAGUGAUCCUGAAUCUGGUCAUGUGACCAUGGAAAUUAGGGUUACCAAGACAACAGAUGAUGACGACAGUACAGAAGACAGUGUUAGCUGUGAUAGUCUGGAUGAUAGGAAAAUAGACGAACUUGAAAGUAUGCGACAGGACAGACAGAAAAAGUUACACAUGAGACAGAUUGUUGUCAAGGGAAUCUUGGAGAGUGAAAAGACAUAUUUACAGAUAUUACAAGAAAUAACCACAAUUAAACGAAAUCUACAAACCAAAAGUUUACAGGAACACUGUAGGAUGUGUCCGUUAGAAGAUUUAUCUACGAUAUUUUAUAAAGUCGAGGAAAUCAAACAAUAUCAUCAAACAUUUGUACAGAGUUUGCAGGAAAAAGUCAACAACUGGUCAGAUGAACAAAAAAUUGGAGAAAUUUUUAAAGAACUGACAUUUUAUAUCCCUAUUUACAAAGAAUAUGUAGACAAUAUAAAUAAAGCACGAGAUUUAGUCCAGAAAUACUGCACAGAAAAUGCUGAAUUUAAACGGAUGGUUUCUACAAUGGAAAUAAAUAUGACAAACGGCUUCAUAGAAAAGACAAAUUUAGAAGAAGCCUUAUUUAAACCAGUACAGAGGUUACAGAGAAAUACUCUAGUUUUACAUGAUUUACUAAUGCACACUCCACAUGACCAUCCAGAUUACCAGAUGUUGAACAAAGCCUUGUCUCUGGCCGACCUAAACAUUAAAUCGUUUGGUGAAGAGGGGGAUGGUGGAACCUCAAGUUCUACAGGAAAGCCAAAGGAACAAGGUCAUCUUGUAAAAAGUGGCUUUGUGAUAGAAGUGAUUGGUAACAGUAGAAAGUUACGGUUCUUGUUUCUGUAUAGUGAUAUCAUUGUGUGUACCAAACAUAAGGUAUCAGGAAGACAUAAAUUGAAAAGUUUUGACUGUAAAUGGUUCAUCCCUAUAUCAAAUAUUAAUGUAGAAGCCAAGUCUACCGACAGUAAAACUUAUUCUUGUAAAGAAGAUAUUGAUGCCAUGAAAAAAAGAAUUGUUAGUUUGAAAUCCGAGUUAAGAAAAGAAGUCAGGAAAAAAACAGAGAGUUUUCGAGAUAGAACAUGGUCAAUAGCUGGAAAAGUAUCAUCAAGAAAUAUGGAAAAAUUAAAAAAGAAAAUAGAAGAACAGGAAGCUCAGUUAGUUUUGUUGUCACCACACUUGCCAUUACACAUCCAGACGAGGGAUGAAGAUUCAAAGGAUUAUAUCAUAUUGAUAUCUACAGACUUUGAACGUGAGGAAUGGAGGGACGCUAUACUCAGUCAACAGAGGCAUCCUCAUGGCAUGGGUUUAACCAGAGAACUUAGUGUCCAUGGAAUACAGACAAUGGUCAAUAAAAGUACACAGUUACCUCAGGUGAAUAACAUAGGAAAUUUCCUGAGUAAAAAUGAUGAGGAAAUGCUGAGUGGUUUAUUAAAUGUAACAAUACACUGUCUUUAUGGUUUAGAUCAACCAUCAGAUGUGUUUGCUGUACUUGAGCUGGACUCCUAUGGUCAUUUCUUCAAGAAAGCUCAAACACAUAAAUGUUUAAACACAACAGAUCCUACCUGGGAUGAAGAUUUCGAGCUGGAACUUGAUGGCUCACAAACAUUACGGGUGUUAUGUUAUAAAGUUGCAAGUCCCAAUAAUGUAUUGAUUGGUCGAAGUGCUCUGGAGUUGAGUAAAGAAUGGUUAAGUAGUAGUUUUAAAGAACAAAAGAUUUCUAUGAAUGAGAUAUCAUUAACCAUAUCAGUGAGACACACCACUACAGCCAAAACUCUAAAGAGAACACCAUCUAAACUACAUGGUGGAAUAUUUGGAUUUAAGAUCAAAUCUGUUACCAUGAGAGAAGGAAAGACCAUUCCAACUUUCGUUGCAUCUUGUAUCAGACUUGUAGAACAAAAAGGAAUGGAUGAAGUCGGAAUCUACAGAAUAUCAGGAGUCACAUCAGAAAUACAGAGGAUUAAAAGGGCUUUCGAUAAAAACUUGAGAGCUGGAUUGAAUAUUCUAGCCGAUGCAGACAUACAUGCAGUGACAGGUGUCCUUAAGCUAUACUUCAGAGAACUACCUGAACCACUCUUUACAGAAGAAUCAUAUCCACAAUUUGUAGACUCAAUAGCGUUAGCUGAUGAGGAUUCAAAAGAAAAAUGUAUGUUACAGUUACUACACAAUCUGCCAGACGUCAACUAUUAUUGUAUAGUAUCUGUUAUAGAGCAUCUUGUAAAAGUUAGUAAACAUGAGUCCGAAAAUAAAAUGUCCCUAAAUAACCUUGCAACAAUAUUUGGACCAACAUUACUGCAUCCUGCUGUGAAGGACGAAUCCAAAGUUUCACCAGCUAUGAUGAUGAUGCAAGGAGCACAAGAUGUCUUUACUCAAGCAGCUGUCUUAUACUACUUCCUGAAUUUAGUGCAUUCUGGGAAAAGUAUUAGAAAAUCCUCUCAGCUUAUCUAAGACAAUUGACUUGAUUUGACUUUGUAUCCAUUCCAUUAUGAAUAUGUAUGAUGUUAUUAUUUUGUUUUCAAUUAGCUUGUAUUCAGAUUUGUUCUAAUGUAAUUUCAUAUUCAUAAAGUGUUCAUACUUUAUACCAAUUUAUAUUUAUAUGAAGAUUUGUUUUAUUUUUAUGGCAACCAAGUUAUGGGUUAUGGUAAAAUUACAAGUGUCAGUGCUUAACUUUAAAAAAUGGCUAUUAACCAUAUCAACAUUUAAUUUGGCCAUCUUAGCCCAUUACAUCUGUAAAGUACAAGUUUAUAUUUAAGCAUAAUAUAUAUAAAUGUUGGCAUCUGAAAUGUUUCCUAUUACAACUAAUGUAAAAUCAAUGACAAAGAAUUAGAUAAAUUAUAAAUGAAGAGACUUCAUAGAUAUGAUUCCAUAGUAAUAAUUUAAACCUUUCACUGAAUUUCAGGAAUUUUUAAACUUACAAUUUACUUUAAAAGCAAACACUUAUAACAUUGGUGAUCACACACCAGUCAAUGUAUGCAUUUUUUUUUUUACUUUCUAUGUUGAUUCUGUUAAUACAAAUAAUGAAAUUUGAUAAUUAUAAACAUUUAAUUUUUUAAAUGCUGAUUGUGUAGAUACACAUUAGAAACAUUUAAAUAAAAUGGCAGAAAGCUUAAAGUGUGCAAUAGUUAUAUAGAUAUUCAUAAGAACCAUAUAAAUAUUCAUAGGAACCAUAUAAAUAUUCAUAGGAACCAUGUAAAUAUUCAUAGGAACAAUUACAAUGGUUUGUUUUGAGUUGACUGAAAACAGGAUGUAUGGAAGCAUUUAAAAUAAUAAAUGCUGAUGAAAUAAUUCUUGUUUAGGUAUAUCAAGGAAAACAUUAUGUCUGACUCAUUGCUUUAUUUGUUCUUUAAUAUUUUUAAAAGACCUUAACACUGCAUUAAGAACAGUGAAUACAGAAAACGAAAAUAUAAUUAUACAUAUUCUUCAAUGGCUUGUUAAUUUAAUAAAUACCUCAGUCUUUGUUUGUAUACAAAAUACUUUUUGCAUAUAUUGAAGACCAAUUGUUUUAUAUAUGAAUGUUUUAUUGUUAGGUAGACAGACAUACUGUUAAUUUGUCAUUUAAGAAUCUAAAGCAUUCUGGGUAAUCUUUUCAAAUGUUGUAAGCAGUGGACGUUCAGCCAAUGAUGUAAUUAUUUUUUCAGUUUGAUUUAAGGGUGCGGUACAUACAUUGAAAUUAACCAUAAUCCUAUAGAUUCUCAGUUGAUGAAUUUCAAGUUUGUUGUUGUUUAUUUAUCUGUUUAUAUGUGUACAAUUAUUUGACAAGUUCAUGAGCUGGUAUCACGUUUAAUCCAUCAUUCCAAAGGUGUUUUCUGGAAGGACCAGCGAGUUACUUUUUGACAUGAAUAUCAGUGCCAUGUUUUGAAUGCUUAAAGUUAAAAUCUGCUCAGUGUAUAGUGUAUAAUAUUCUAUUCAAUAUUUUAUUGUAUUAUAGUUUAGUUACAAUAUUUAUUUGUAGGCUUCAAUAGAACCAGUUGAAAGAUGGCAGAUUUUUUCAAUUAAACUAUUUGAGCAGAUUUUUAUUCAUUGUUGAAACUAGAAACAUAACCUCUUUUUGGUUAAAUACUAAGUUACUAAAGGAAUUAAAAAAAAAGAUAUCUAUUUAGAGUUGUUUUUUUUUUUAAAGUGUCCAUGAAACUUUCAUUCACAACAUUGUUUUCUGUUAUAAAUUUGUUCAUGAUAUUCCACAUCAAUAUUGAUAACCAUUUAUUAAAAAAAUCUUUCAAUUUAAAAUAAUUGGAUACAAAUUUUGGAUAUUAGAAAUAGAGAAUAGUUAUUAAGAAUCAUUUUACGCAUGUCAAGAAAUGGAUAUGAGACAAUUUUACAGAAUCAAUAUUUAUUUACAACUAUUUCACUUGUUGAUUUGCACAUAGUUACAUGUUAUUUUUGUUGGCUUUACCUUUUUACAAUGUUUCCUUUGUUAACAUAAAUUUUUUGUGUAUUAUUUAUAUGUAUAUAUAUGUCCUACUCAAAUUUUUCAGAUAAAUAGACAAUGAUAAUGUCAUGACGGGAAAUUUCAAUUAAAUCUGUUUAAUUGUUAUGUUCUUCCCAUAUAAUUUGUUGAAAAGGGUCCUACUUUGUGUAUUGGGUAGCUGGUAAAUAUCUUCUUGAACAAAUCAUUGUUCCAGACUUCUACCACUCUUAACUAUUGCUAUUUGAAAGAAGAACUUCGGUGACUGAAAAGGUUUCUGCCAGACACUCAAGAUUUCAAAUUUUGCAUGAUACUUGAUUGAUAAAUUAUCAAAGUUAUAUAUCUACCACAGGGUCUAAAUUUAUAAUUUUGAAUAUACCUUAAUUUACAUAUCUUAAUUGCUCCCAUUUCAUCUUUCUUUCCAGUGUGUAAAUCUUAUAGUAAAUAUUUGAUAUUUUAAGGAUUUUCUAGUUUAAAAAUUAUGACCUUAUUUAAUGUUAUGUACAGAAAAAUGCCUUUUGAAAUCUAUUAUUCUUCUAAACUUCAGUAUGUUUGCACAUUACACUGGGUUGCCAAUUUGUAGUCUUCAACAGGUGUCAUGUAAAUAUUCAAACACAAUUUCCUUCCCAGGUGCUUAAUGUUUAACUACCUUUGUCUUUCCUAUAUUUUAUUACAUACAUGACAAUCAGAUGUAAUUGAAAGCUAUAGGUACCAAGGCCAUGACCAUAAUGGCAGUGGAAAUUUUUUUAAAGUAGCUUUCCAUUAUUUUUAAUAUUUUAAAUUUGUCAUUCUUGGACAAUUCUAAAAAUUCAACGAAUAAUAUAACUAUUACAUUAAUAAUUUUCUGACUGAGUUAAUGCAAAUUUUUCAAGGGUUAGAGUUGAUGAGAUGACAUUAUUUAUCUUAGGAACAACACCUAUAUUUUUUGAAGAUAGAUGCAUUACAUGCAUUUUAUGUUUGAAUGAAAAUUUUAACCGAAUAUUUGUUAAGUGCAUUCUGCAUAACUGACUUUGUUAGUUCAUCAUGGUGCUGAUGAAAAAUGUUACUUUGCAUUUUUUCUUAUAAAUAUUGUUCUGUGCUAAAAUCAAAAUAUGUGCAAUUUUAUUUCUGUAAUAAAACCUUGUUUAAAUGUU